AAAUAUAUUAAGAUAAUUUUAUUGCUGUUUCUUUUUGUUCUAAACUUGACAUAAUAAGUUUUUGUUGUUGUUUACACUUGUUUCAACAGGAGGAGUGGCCACACCUACAAUAAUAGCCUGUAAAGUCUUGAAAGUAUCUGUAAUGUUUUCUAAUAUUUCUUUGAAGAAUCCUAUCAUCAAGUUUAAAAUAAGUCAUUAUGAAUUGCAGUCUGUUUGUUAUUGUAUAAUAACAAAUCGAUGCUUAAAGAAAAUUAAAAACAAAGAAUUGUUUUUUAUGUAAGUUUAAAAACCAUUUUGUUUAAAAAUAGUAGAAAGAAUGUUUUAUUCUUUGUUACUGACACACAAAUUCUCUCUACUUUCAGUUGAGUUCUAGUUAUCAAAUGAAAAAGAUGUCUUGAAAAUUAUUUAAUACUUAAAAAAUUAAAAUACCCAUGCAGGUAAAAGGUCUCGCUAGAAUGUAAUAAAAUAAAUAAGAGCAACAGAAGUGUUAAAAAAUUAUUGUUUUUAAUGUUUGAGGUCUGAUUUUUGUUUAACUUUUAGCCAAGAAUGAUCAUUUAAUUCAAAAAUAUAUCUUAUUCGUACUUUGGAGAAGAAAUCUAAACAGGUGGUUGGAAAAUGUAGUAAAACAUUAAUUUAACAGAUAAGAUCUGAAACAAAUAGUGGGUGAAAAAUAGAAAACGUGAAAAUGUUUAAAAAAAUAACAAUAUUCUGGUAUAACAACAAUACUUGUCCAACCUAUUAAUUAGUUGAGAAAAGUUACCUUUAAACAGAGAGAUUCACAACGUUACUAAAAGUGACUAAAUUCGACAAAAUUGAUAAUCACAAAAUUUUUUAAACACAAAUUUUAAUUGCUAAACACCAAGCUAUCUCUAUGUCAAUCAAAUAUGUUCCGCUGUUUGUUUUUUAACUUUCAUUUUUGUUUCUAUAUGUCCAAAUUUCGUCCCCCCAAAAAUGUCAAUUUUUGCAACCGUUGCUGCCACUAUUGAACAAAGCUGGUUUGUAUAUAUUUUUUUUGAUUCGUGACAUGUCACAAAAGUAGCAUGUAAACUUUGUUAGGUGAUGGCAAGUCCUUCCAUAUAAUAUAAUAGGAUUAUUACAUCUCAAAUUUAUAAAAACCUUGACUGGAUAUUAGUUUUCUUUUCACAGCAUCACAUUAAGCAUUUUUAUUAAAAAACAACUUUAUGUUUAUGACGUCAUUGUGUGAUGAUUUGAUAUUUUAAAAAUAAAUUUAAAUAAAAGAAUAUAAUACCACAAUAUAAACAUUCUAUUUUUCUAUACAAUAUAAAAAAUGUGUUUUGAGCUGUUUAAUAAACAAUAAUUUUUGCUUUGCUGUUAAGUAAUUAACCAGAAUAUUGACCUUGACCCUGUCACUUGUUAUUAAUUGUUAAGAAUUAAUGAUAACGAGUAUUUUAAUGUUAACAAGUAUUUUAAUAUUGAUAAGCAUAGGUAAGUUAUUCUUUUAGAUUGAUAUUGCUAAACUGAUGAUAUUAAAAUGCACAGGCCAAACUGAAGGGAAAAUGUUGUUAUCAACGGCUACUGUAUUUUAUAGAAUCAGCACAAUGAACCUUCUGAUGUUACUUAUCUUAUUUUUGAUUGGCCCUGUACAAACACAAUUGAAUCACAAUGCAGAUGACGAUGAUAUAUUAAAAAAAAAACAUUAUUCAAAUGCAACUUGUGUUAAGGAAGAUUACAAUUCCACAAUAAUUAUGGUAAAGAAUAUGACUACAAAUGAAAUUGUACCUACGAAUGUCAGUUUAGGUCGGUAUUGUCAUUGUCCAAAUCCAGGAAAGAACUUAUAUAAUUUUUUGUGCAAAUGUGAGAACCCUAAUACUGUUGGUUCAGAUUCUUUUAAAUAUUACAUCGAUAGAUACAAUUCCAUUAACUAUAUCUGUAACUGUUUAAAAAGAGUAAAUGACACUUUUUCAACAGAAUGUUGGUGUGUUAACACAGCAGAAGAAAUGUACAAUUUAACAUGUCAUCACUUCCCUCAUCCAAAAAAGGGAAAAGAUGUUAUUUUACUUGGUGUUUUAAUACCGUACACCCUUGGUAGUGAUUCUCACCUUACAACCUACUACAGCGGAAGAUAUUAUUCCUCAGCUAUGUACCUAGCUGUAGAGGAUGUAAAUAACAACAAAAAUCUCUUACCGAAUCACAGGGUAGAGUUAGUUUGGGCUGACACCAUGUGUAAUUGGAAAAAAGCUGUCACACUUCAAAUGGGAAUGAUACAUAAUGAAAGUGUUGAUGCGUUUAUUGGAGGAGGGUGCCAGGGAUGUAAAGUGAUGGCUCGCAUUGCUGGUGCCAGUAACAUUCCCAUGAUAUCACAUAUGUGUCUUGAUCCUGAGCUUUCAGAAAAGGAAACAUAUCCAACAUUUGCUCGAACAGAACCAAGUGGGCGCCAGUUAACUCCUGCAAUCCAAGAGCUUUUAAGGUAUUUCAAGUGGAACAAAUUCGCAGUGGUAGUUGAAAAUUCCACUUUGUAUCAGCUAGUACAUAAAAAUAUAAAAGAGAAGUUUGCAUCUCAAAUAUUAGCUACAAAAUAUAUAACUGCAUCUUCACAGUAUAAAUAUGAAGUUGAUUACGUAAAAGCAGUUGAAGAUAUGAAAUAUUUGUCCUCAAGAGCUCGAAUUAUCUUGUUGCUGAUGAGUGUACGUGUUGUCAAAGAGUGUUUAAUAGCAGCUGCUGACCUUAACAUGGUCAAUGGAGACUAUGUGUUCCUUGCCUUUGAAAUUGAUCUAUCUGAAGGAAAGGUACGUCAAGAACGCACAUUCAAAUGGGCAACUGCUGACUUUGGUAAUUUUCGAGAUAAAUUAGAGGAUCCAAGGGACAACUUUCAGGCAUUUAUGGAAAGAAGUAAAAAGUUGUGCAAAGCUUGGGAAGCAACUUUGCUCAUGAUGACCAAAUUACCAGCAGAAACGACACGUACCAGUAACAGUACUCUAGCAGAUUUCCAUGAUCGUGUUCGGAUUGGAAUGAAAACAAUGUUUAAUGCCUCAGUUUACCAUGGGAUUAUAGAUAGCACUAAUUACUCAAAACAUCACUCAAAGCCUCCAAAAUAUGCUCAAAAUUUGUAUGAUGCCAUCAUGUUUUACUCGAUUGCUGUUAAUGACACCAUAAAUAAGGGACAGGAUUAUCACGACGGAUUAAAAGUCAUUAAAAAUAUGGAAAACAAAGUUUUUUCAAGCAUCCAUGGUUAUGAGAUGUUUCUCAAUAAAGAUGGAGAAGUUCAAUACAGCCUACGGGUUUACCAUUUUGGGAAAAAAUCCAAUCACGAAUGUAAGUUUCCUGCAAUGGAAGCUAUAGGUGAUUUACAGCUAGGGCAUGAAAAAGAGGAGUGGCUAUUUGAGUAUACACCUAUACCAAAUGCACCUAUGUAUUGGCCAAAUGGUAUGAAUCUUGAAGAUAUCAAAGACGCACCACGGUGUGGCUUCGAUGGGAGUAGGUGUGUCAAAGAACAAGUAAUAAGUAAGACAAUACUUGCCGUGGCUAUUGUUGUAACAAUUGUUGCGGUGGUUUUGAUCAUUAUACCAAUUGUUGUGCUGAGACAAAAUAAACUGGAGCGUGUAUUAAAAAGUCAACUGUGGAAGAUACCCUACCAUGAUUUGUUUUUCGGGGACUUUCACCAAUUGCGAAUUUCGUACGGAAGUUUUGGUGGACAAAGAUGCAACACUCAUGGCACAGAUGGCAUGACUAGACAGAAAUUCACAGUUGUUGCAAAAUAUAAGGAAAGUUUUGUUGUUGUAAGGAAACUGUAUAAAAGAACCGUUGAAUUAAAUCGAAAUGUUCUCAUGGAAUUAAAACAGAUGCGUGAUAUUCGGCAUGAUAAUAUCAAUCCAUUUCUGGGUGCAUGUGUCGAAACUGAUAACGUGCACAUUGUCACACAGUAUGGUGCCAGAGGAAGUCUACAGGAUAUUCUUGAAAAUAAAGACAUUAAACUGGAUACGGUUGUCUGUUUAUCCCUUUUACAUGAUAUUGCCAAAGGGAUGCAAUACCUGCACAGUAUUGAUAUAAAGUCACAUGGCAAUUUGAAGUCCUCCAACUGCAUCAUAGACAGUCGGUGGGUGCUAAAGGUGACCGACUUUGGUCUGGUUGAAUUUAAAAGCAAACAAGAUCUGUCGCACAUUGAACCUCAUCAAUUAAAUUGGAAUUUGUUGUACAAAGCACCAGAAUUGUUGCGUUUAAGUAAUUAUCCAGCUCGUGGAACACAGAAAGGUGAUGUGUACAGUUUUGCGAUCAUUACCCAAGAAUUUCACACACGGGAAGGACCAUGGAGCACGUCGUAUUUAGAACCAACAGACAUCGUUCAGCGUGUAAAAAAAGUUGAGAAUCCACCAUUCAGACCUCAUGUCCCACAGCUUAUUGAAAACGCUGAGCAAUUACGUGAUCUAAUGAAGCGUUGUUGGGAUGAGAAUGCAGAUGAGCGACCAGCCUUCCCUGAGAUCAGGAAAGAAAUUGAAAAUCUAAUGAAACAAAAUGGACUAAAAACAAACGUGUUAGAUAACAUGGUAGCUAUGAUGGAAAAAUAUACAAAUCAUCUAGAAGAAGUUGUUGAACAGCGCACAGAGUCUUUACUAUCUAGGAUGUUACCUAAACCUGUGGCACAACAGCUAAUGAAAGGUCAGGAAGUCAAAGCUGAAUCCUUUGAUGAAGUUACAAUCUAUUUCAGUGAUAUAGUUGAUUUUGCAUCGUUGUGUUCUUCUUGUUCACCGUUACAGGUGGUUACCCUAUUGAAUGACUUGUACACCCUCUUCGACAAUGUGAUUUCUCAUUACGAUGUAUAUAAGAUUGCGGCCGCCGGUUACGCCUAUAUGGUUGUAUCCGGUCUACCAAUCAGAAAUGGCCGUCAACAUGCGCGUGAGAUUUCUGCUAUGGCGCUGCGUAUUCUUGCUGCAGUCAAGACUUUCAAAAUAAGACAUAAACCAGAUCAGCCACUACUAGUUAGAAUAGGCCUGCAUUCCGGACCUGUAGUUGCAGGAGUCGUUGGUACAACCAUGCCAAGAUAUUGUUUGUUUGGUGAUACUGUUAAUUUUGCAUCCCUAAUUGAGUCAGCUGGCGAACCCUUAAAGAUUCAUAUCAGUCCUUCUUUGAAAGAUAUCUUACAAACACUUGGUGGUUUCACAACUGAAGAGAGAGGAGAAACUUCUUUAAAGGGUAAAGGUAAUGUAAAUACAUUUUGGCUCACACACAGUGAAGAACCACUUCGAGAAACUACGCCAUUAGCGCCUUUGCGGGAGAGAAAUGACAGUUUCCGUGGCAGUUUAAGUCGAAAUUCUAAUUAUAACAGUGGAGAGUUAAGUAAUGAAAACGCUGUUUCAGACCUAGAGUUGCAGCCACUCAUAACAUGAUUGCGUGACGUGGUGACUUUAUGAUGUUGUAUUUUUUAUCGAUAUUAGUAGCUUCGUUCGAAAAGAUAUCAUUUCAAACGAAGAAAAUUAAAAGAUUAAAUAAACGAUAAACGAACUUCUUUAUCUACAUAUGGUUUUAAAGUAAUACACAGCUUAUUUUAUGGUCAUCAUCUUUUCUUUAUUUUUUUAUUUUUUGUUUGUUUAUACCUUUAUUUAAUCUUGCAAAUUUUUUAUCCUUUAUAGCUAUAUCUAUAUAUUUUUUAUAUAUUUUUUACAUUUUUCUAUUUUUAUUUAAGCCUGGGAGAGAGUAUUUUAUUUGAAUUUCAUAAUAAAUAAAUGGUGUGGUUUCUAUUAAAACGAUUUGGCAACUUGACUUUGUAUAGCAGUGUCUGUAAAGAAACAAGAAGCAGUGCCAAUUACCAAUACCGUAAAUGCUCGAUUUAGCGCCCACUCUCGAAUAAGCGCCCAUCUCGAAUAAGCGCCCACCCUGAAAGUUGAAUUUUUAAAUAAACGCCCCUCUCAAAUAAGCGCCCAUGGGCGCUUAUUCGAAUAUAAUUUUAGAGCCAAAGGGGGCGCUUAUUUGAAUAUUUAGGAUAUAGGAAAAAGACGUUUUACUCAAAAAUAGCUUUCUUUUUAAAAUCAUUUACAGCGUUAAAUUUCAUAGCAAAGUGUUCGUAUCUAUUUUUUCUUUUCAAUAGUUCAUCAUUUAGAAUAGUUAUCAGUUCUUUA